AUGCAAUCAGAAAGAAUCAUUCCCGUGGCCUCGAAAACCACGGACGGAGCCAUUGGGGACGAUGUCGCACAGCUAUUGAAGACCGUCUUCGAGGCGCAGACCACCCAGCAGGCGUUGGACGCUUCAUACGCCCUCACCAACCUCCUAAUCAGCACCGGCAGCGUUCGAUGCCUUCAGAAAUUCAACGUCAUCCAGGAAAUCAAGAAAGCGGCAACGGAUAAGAAGAAUGGCGCUAGGAGGGAAAGCUCCAUGUUGAUUCUCGGGGCCUUGUUCGAAAGAUAUCCGCUGGAAAACCCAUUGAGUGAGGUUGUCUUCCUCCUCGAGGAUGGCGGCCUGCUUUAUCUUGCGUUAGACCUGCUGGCGGACAAAGGUGCAGUGGUGCGAGAAUCGGCACAGUACGCCAUUGAUGCCCUAUUCUCAUGCCUAAAGGAGGAAUCUCUUGUCCAUGCGCUUUUGGAGCCCGUGUCUCGAUACCUCAGCAAGGCCACUGGAAAGUGGCAGGGAACAGUAGGAGCAUAUAAGUUGCUUGAGAAAGUGGCGAAGAGAGCUGAGAUCGGUACAGAAAGCAAGGAGAAGGAAGAGCUGAAGGACCACCUACGACUGACCCUCGGCCACAAGUUGAAGGAUUUGAUUCCCAUCGUUGAGAGUGGAAUGCACGACUUGAAGGCGGAGGUUGUCAAACAAUCUGUGAAGACCAUGCUUGCGCUGUCGACUGUUCUUGAUAAUGACGAUGUUGCAAACCGAAUUCCGCUAUUGCUGAAAACCAUGGAGAAGCCAUCGACCGAAACCCUCCAGAAGGCCAUUCAUGCGCUUUCUCAGACCACCUUCGUUGCUGUUGUGACAUCACCAGUUCUCGCAUUGCUUACUCCCCUCCUUGAGCGAUCCCUCAAUACUCCAACUACCUCGCAAGAAGUCCUCCGCCAAACCGUUGUAGUCGUUGAGAAUCUUACCAGACUUGUUCACGACCCCAUCGAAGCUAGAACUUUCUUGCCCAAACUGAAACCCGGUGUGCAGCGUGUCAAGGAUGGAGCUUCUCUGCCAGAAGUACGAGAAUUGGCUACUAGGGCCAUGGACGUCAUCGAUAAGGCUAUGGGCAACGAUGAGAAUGGUACUGCUCAUUCCGGCGCCACGACAGAGCAGGCUGAAGCCGUGCUUGAUGAACAAAUGAAGCCAUACACCCGCUUCAAUCAAACUGACGAGAAACGUUUCUGGGAGCUCAGCAAGACUUACAUCGCGAACAUGGUCCGAGACGACGCCAAUUCCCGACUUAUCGAACGUAUUCCAGUGUGCGUGGGCCCGUACCUUCGCUCUUUCGUCCCCAAUGGAAAAAAUGACGAGAUUGCAGCUGCUGUGAAGGCUCACUUCCUCGCAGAGGAUGAGCGUAGAUUCGGCGUUCCAGUCAAAGAAGAUGACGGGGAGAUCGAAAUUGUCAAUGCUAACUUCUCCCUUGGCUAUGGAGGUCGUCUCCUCCUCUCACAUGCCAAUCUAAGGCUUCUCAAGGGCCAUAGAUAUGGUCUCUGUGGUCGUAACGGUGUUGGCAAGUCUACUCUCAUGCGCAGUAUUGCCAACGGCAAGCUUGAAGGCUUCCCCCCACAGGAUGUCUUAAAGACGUGCUUCGUUGAACACAACCAGGGCGAGGACGCAGAAUUGAGUGUCUUGGAAUUUGUCACGAAAGAUCCUGAGAUGGCUGCUGCCGGUGAGGAGAAAAUCUCCGCGGCUCUCAACGAGGUCGGUUUCACUCCAGGCCCGGAAGGCAGACAGCAGCAACCUGUUGGCUCUUUGUCCGGAGGUUGGAAGAUGAAGCUGGCUCUUGCCAGAGCUAUGGUUAUGGAAGCCGACGUGCUUCUUCUCGACGAACCUACCAAUCAUUUGGAUGUCGCCAAUGUCAAGUGGUUGCAGGAAUAUUUGAAGAAACACACAGAAGUGACCAGUUUGAUCGUCAGUCACGACUCCGGUUUCCUAGAUGAUGUCUGCACAGAUAUCUAUCAUUACGAACAGAAGAAGCUUGUUCAUUACAGGGGAAAUCUGGCGGAUUUCGUUAAAGUCAAGCCAGAAGGGAAGAGUUAUUACACUCUUUCCUCUGUCAAUGCUAAUUUCAAGUUCCCACCCCCUGGCAUUCUAUCUGGAGUCAAGUCGUCUACCCGCAUCAUUCUCCGAAUGACCAAUUGUUCAUACACCUAUCCUGGCAGCAGCAAGCCCUCUUUAACUGAUGCAAGCUGUGCUCUCACUCUUUCCUCCAGAGUUGCAAUCAUUGGUGGCAACGGGGCUGGAAAAUCUACGUUGAUGAAACUUCUUACUGGUGAAACAAUUCCACAGACUGGAAAGGUCGAAAAGCACCCUAACCUCCGUAUUGGUUAUAUCAAACAGCAUGCCCUAGAGCACGUGGAGAUGCACAUGGAGAAGACUCCUAACCAAUACCUUCAGUGGAGAUAUGCAAAUGGAGACGACCGUGAAGUCCUUAUGAAGCAAACUCGUAUCCUCACCGAGGAGGAUAAGAUGCAGAUGGCCAAGUUGGUCGAUCUAGGUGAUGGGAAGGGCCCGCGCAAUAUUGAAGCUUUGAUGGGAAGGCAGAAAUAUAAGAAGACCUUCCAAUACGAAGUUAAAUGGAAGAACAUGCUCCCCAAGCACAACACUCAAAUAUCCCGCGAAACCCUCUUGGAGCUUGGAUUUCACAAACUCAUCCAAGAAUUCGACGAUCACGAAGCAUCCCGUGAAGGUCUAGGAUACCGAGUUCUCGAACCAAAAGUGAUCUCUAAACAUUUCGAAGACAUUGGCCUCGAUCCUGAAAUUGCCAACCACAACGAAAUUGGCGGCCUUUCUGGUGGACAAAAAGUCAAGGUUGUACUUGCUGGAGCCAUGUGGAACAACCCCCAUUUGCUCGUGCUCGACGAACCUACCAACUUUUUGGACCGUGACUUCUUGGGCGGACUUGCCGUUGCCAUCCGAGAAUUCAAGGGUGGUGUUGUUAUGAUUUCCCACAACGACGAAUUCGUCGGUGCUCUGUGCCCAGAAAGAUGGCAUGUUGAGAACGGUCGAAUGACACACGCCGGCACUACCGCCGUCGCACUCGAUCGAUUCGACGACCAGUCUCGCACCGCUAGCACUGUGGCUAGUAGCGUUGUGUCCAGCGCUGCCCCGUCCGCCGUGAACUCAGGUGCGGAGGAUGGAGGCGACUUGAAGUUCAAGGCUAAGAAAAAGAAGAAGAUGACGAGAGCGCAACUCAAAGAGCGCGAAGUCAGACGCAGGCUGAGGCAUAUCGAAUGGCUGAACAGCCCUGCGGGAACGCCACAUCCUCCUGACACAGAUGACGAAAAGUGA